AUGCAUACCAGUCACGGCCUACGUUUGAAUUACCAUGGUAAACAGUUCUUGGCUGAAGAAAUCUGCCGUCUUGUAAACAAGAGUGACAAGAAGCACAAAAAGAUUGCAGGUCAGAGUACCUUGGAGAAAUGGAUCACUAGGGAGGCGUCAUCUCACCCAACUAGAAGAAACAUCAGGCAGCCUCAUCAUCUGAAUGAUUUUUUACUGCCAAAAGCAUCCCUAAGCAAUAAAGUAGAAGAACUAAAUAUUUUAUUAAUGCAUGAACUAGAGGAUAUUUCCGUAAUGUGUCUUUCAGAACACUGGCUUGACAAGAACUUAAUUAAAUCUGUCUGCCUACACAAUUACACUCUGGCUGAGUGCUAUUGUAGACCUAGUGGUCACUAUGGAGGUGUAGCCAUAUACGUAAAAGAUAAUACAGAGUUUACUAAAAUAGAUAAUGUCACCUCCCUAAGUUGUGAAAAAGACUUUGAGAUGACAGUGAUAAAAAUUCCGAAAUUAGGUUUGAUAAUAGCUACAGUGUACCACUCUCCAACGGGAAAGUUCGAGGUAUUUUUAGAAAAAAUGGAAAUUUUCUUAAAUAAGCUGCAUAAAACAAGGUGUGAUGUUGUAGUAUGUGGUGACUUUAACAUCGAUUUACGUAGUAAAUGUAAACAGAAAACCGCCCUUGGCAAUCUCAUUAAAACACAUAACCUUACAGCCACAGUUAAAGUUGCAACGAGAAUAACACCAACCAGUCAGACAGGUUUAGAUCAAAUCCUGAUUGAUAAAGAGAAAUUGGAGUCGUCAGUAAAAGUGUUUAACAGAGGAUACAGUGACCACAAAGCUCAAAUACAUACCACCACAAAGGAAGGAAGACCGGUUGAGAAUAACUUACUAAAGGUCAAGAGAAGGAUCUACAGGCAGAAAAGCAUUGACCACUUUAACUCACUAUUGCAUACUGAAGACUGGUCUGAUGUCUAUGAAAAGCAAAAUCUGAAUUCGAAAUUCAAUAUUUUUCUAGAAAAAAUGGUAAAGCAUUUUGAUACAGCCUUCCCUCAAAAAAUGGUAAAUAUAAGAGAGAAGACAAGAGGAAAGGGUUGGAUUACUAAGGGAAUCAGAACUUCUUGCCAGAAAAAAAGGGAGCUCCACAUAAUGUGCAAAGAAAAUAAUGCCACUGAGGAAAUGCAUACUCACUACAAAACAUACACUAAAAUCUUACAAAAGGUCAUUAAACUGGCAAAAAGAGUGUACAAUGAUUACUACAUAAAUAAUUCUACAAAUAAAGUGAAAGCUAUGUGGGACAUCAUUAAAAAAGAAACUGGCAAAAAUAAGAGAGCUGAGGAGAACAUUGUCUUGAUACACAACAAUAAAAAGAUUUUACAGCCUACAGAAACAGCAAACAUAUUCAAGAAAUACUUCACUGGGAUAGCUGAAAAUUUAAUAAAAACUAAUUUUAGUUCAACUCAGCAUCAAGUGGUAAACAAGUGCAACAGUGAUAAAUUUUCAAUGUUUGUGGACCAAGUAAGCAGGGAGGAGACAUUGAAGGCUGUCAGAGAACUAAAGACAACAUACUCAGCAGGAAUUGAUGAGUCAGGCAUCUUUCCAGAUCAACUAAAAACAUCAAAAGUCAUCCCUAUUUUCAAAGCUGGUGACAAAGAUGAAGUAAUAAACUAUCAUCCCAUUACAUUAACAUCCUGUUUCUCAAAAGUUAUUAUGUGUACAAUAAAUGAAGAUAUACAAGAAGAAGUAAACACAGUUACAAAACAUCUAAGUAACUGGACAGCAGAAAAUCAGUUGAUGAUAAACUACAACCAAACAGUAGCCUUAAAUUUCCAUAACCACCAAAACACCACAUUGAUAUAUCCAGAAAUAAAAAUCAAUCAACACCCCGUCUGGAUACAAAGAGAAACUACAACUAUUGAAACUGGUAGCAUGUUGAAAAAUGAUCAUUUAAAUAUGUAUCUUGCACUUAGUAAUAAGUCCAACAUCAUCCUGUACACUGUACUACAUAUGAUCAAAGGACUCAAUAAAUAA